AUUUUCAAUUCUAUACAUUCCAGCUACGGAUCUUUUAACAUUUACCCGUAUAUAUGGGUUGAUCUAUAGCUUUGAAUGGGUCAAUGGUGAAAAAUGUAGGAGUGAUAGUGACUCAAUCAUAAGACAUAAAGAAUGGAUAUUAUUUCGAAACUGUUCAUCAUGGAUAGUUUUGUUUCUAUUUGAACUGCACCGACGAUAGUUUAAAGUUAAAAAUAUACUUUGUGACAUACACUAUACUUUAUAUAGUCUAUUGAAAUUUGUUAAUGAACUUUACGAUUCUUUGUUCCUUCUCAAUUGGAUUUAUCUCUUUAUUUUAAUACAGAUAAAUCGUAGUGGUGAAUUGAAUACAGUAAAUUUAGAACCACAUGCUUUAGUACCGCCGUUUUCAUCCAUUCUACCAACAUCACCAUGGCGACAACACUGCUACCCACCCCUGUCCCCGGGGCCAACGGCACACCCAUAGAAUCAACCACCCUCAACUUCACCGGCAAUACAACCGUCUGGACAAAACAGACCGAAGAGGAAGCCAUCCAGAACUUUUGGAUCGGUCUGGGACUUGCAGUCUCGUCCGCGUGUUUUACUGGAAGUAGUUUCAUCCUCAAGAAGAAGGGGCUGCUGAACGCGUCACGGAAGCAAGGUGCUCGCGCGGGUGACGGAGGCUUCGGGUAUUUGAAGGAAUGGCUUUGGUGGGCUGGCAUGAUAAUCAUGAUCCUAGGGGAGAUUAUGAACUUCAUGGCGUACCUCUUCGCACCUGCCACUCUCGUCACGCCCCUCGGCGCCCUCAGCGUCAUCUGCAGUGCGCUCAUGUCCAGCUACUUCCUGAACGAGAAGCUAAACCUCCUUGGGAAGGUGGGCUGCUUGCUGUGCCUCCUCGGCUCCACCCUGAUCGUAGUCCACUCGCCCGAGGAACAGGAAAUACAGACCAUGGAGAGCCUUAAAGACCGGAUACUCGAGCCUGGCAUAAUCAUCUUGUCCCUGUGUCUAAUUGCCAUCGCACUGGUUAGCAUGUUUGUGCUGGCCCCUAAAUGGGGCCAGAAGAACGUGCUGGUGUACGUCAGCGUCUGCUCGACCCUGGGAUCCUUCACCGUCAUGGGAGCUAAGGGCUUCGGCGUCGCCAUCAAGGAAACGUUCUACGGACGAAACGAAUUUGACAACUUCUUAACUUACGUAAUGGCGGCGAUUGUGAUUGGUUGUAGUUUGAUUGAACUCGUGUAUCUCAAUAAAUCCCUAGACACAUUCAACACGGCGAUAGUGACGCCAACGUAUUACGUGUUAUUCACGUCAUGUGCUGUGAUGUUUUCAUUAGUGAUGUUUAAAGAGUUCGGUAGGAUGACAUUAGAAGAUAUCAUCGGAGCUCUUAUAGGUUUCAUGGUCAUUAUAUCGGGUAUAUUUUUACUGAACGCUUUCAAGAACAUGAACGUCUCGUUACGAAAUUUGCCGAAAGCUCAGAAGAGGCCGACAUCUCUAAGUUCCCAGAACGGUGACGUCAUGACACAGGUUGCCCAUGACGACCACCAUCUUCUCGAAGAAAACGAGAAUCUCAGCCAUGACGAGGAGCCCGUUGCCCUUGGCGACCGGAGUCACACGGGAAUUUACGAGGACGAUCCCGAAAGUCCGGUUUACUCAGAUUUAAAUAAAAUGACUGAGGGUCUAACGACUGAUUCCAACAGUAACAUUUCAUACAGCAGCAAUGUGAAUACUAGUCUAGUUAUUGAAUAAUUGUUGCAUAAUAACAAUGUGCAAAUGUUUUUGUUUUCAUAAGACUUUUUUUAUAAUCACAGUAUUGAAUCAUUUAACUAGGCAUCCAUCUUGAUGCUCAUCUUGAUUUGUACAUGAAGAUUAUGCCCAUUAUAUUUUUGCAAAACUGCAAAUUUCUCGUUUACCAAAAAAACGGUCUUUUUCUCGGUUUAUUUUUUUCUUUAAUUUUGUAUUUGUUUUCAAAUAGAUAAAAUUGUAUAAUUGAGGUAGAAAUUGAUUGAUUUAUUUUAGUAGACUUGUACACAUUAAGGAAUAUAUUUCAAAGCAAUAUGCAUAUAAUGCAUAAUUUAGGAGCUUUUAGAUACUCCGCAUUUAAUUAACAAAAUUUAAAUAUCCCGGAUCGGCCUUUGUAGAACAGAGGCUUUUUUGUAUAAUAUUCGGAAAAUGUUUGUAAGAGAUGUUCAUUUCCACCAUUUAACGAUGUGUUUGUAGGCCAUCACAUAUCACCAUUACAUAUCACAGUGUUUUUUAUCUUUCAUAAUAUUGGAGAUAUAUGUAAAGGGAACUAACCUGAAAAUCUGUGAUAGGACCGUAUUUGGUGCAUUCGGAACUCCUCGGCCAUUUUCUAUCGAAUACAAUCACAGAUGUCGGUAUAACGAAAAGUAGUUCUUUAAAUUUUGAUUAAAAAUAUUUGAUAUUAUAUUAUUAACUAAAUGUAGUGUUUAAGCUUGUAUUUGUAGAUUUAAGUUUAAAUCGAUUGCAAUGGAAGUAUAUUAUUGCGAACAUAAUAAAGAUUCCCAAGAGUUAAGUCAUUAAGUUUAAUUUCUAAAUUGAAAUUACUACGCGAUCUAUUUGCAGCGUAGUUAAAGUCUAAAGAUUUCUGACAUUGUAAAUCGUCUAUAUACAUUCGAAGUUGUUUUCGAAAGAAAAUGGCCGAGGAGUUCCGAAUGUAUUUGGUGUUGUUAUGAUGUCAUUAUAACUAGAACAAUCAAAUUGUACACUGGGUAUUAUACUUGGAUGCAAAAACAUAUCAAGAUAAUCAGUAACCAUGGAAACUGUAUAUCGUUGUUGUGUCUAUUGUCUAGCUUCAUAGUUCAAUGUUUAAUGUCUCUUCAUAAUCAUUCCACUAAACAUCAACAAGAUUAUUAGGAGUUAGUUUCAUAUCAUCAUUGGCAGCUUUAAUAACAUAUCGCUAAUACUUUCCUUCAAACAUGUUGUAAUUAUUCAUCGUUGUCCUCUGUACGUGUAGCUUUGUUUCCCUUUUGUAAUAGAUAUCCAGUCGGCAAUAUCUUUAAUAGACAGUGUACUCAAAUUUUGAUUGUAUAUAUGUAAAGUACCUUUGAGAUUUUACAAAUCCUUUGAAGUUCAGACAUUUGAUAUUCUUUUGCAUCUUCAAAUGAUGCUGAAUGUUUGUGCCUGUAUGUUUCGCGGAUGUAAUCACACUUAUCAUGUUAUACGAUAACACAACCUACAUGUAGUAUUCGUUCUAAAAUGAACUUUAGUUAUGAAACCUACAAAUAAAGUCAGUUAAUAAGUGAACAUAACUGAUAUUACCUACAUGUAGUGACCGUUUAUAAUGAACACAGUAUAAAACCUGCAUGUAGUGAUCGAUUAUAAAUAAACACAGUAUAUAACCUACAUAUAGUGAUCGAUUAUAAAUGAACACGGAUUGUAAAACCUACAUGUAGUGACCGAUUAUAAACGAACAAACUACAAAACCUACAUGUAGUAACCGAUUAUAAAUGAACACAGAUUUUAAAACUUACAUGUAGUAACCGAUUACAAAUGAACACAGAUUUUAAAACCUACAUAUAUUAAUCGAUUAUAAACGAACAUAGUAUAAAACCUACAUAAUAUUAUAGUGAUCGAUUAUUAACAAACACAGUAUAAAACCUAUAUAUAGUGAUCGAUUAUAAACAAACGCAGUAUAAAACCUACAUAUAGUGAUCGAUUAUAAACGAACGCAGUAUAAAACCUACAUAUAGUGAUCGAUUAUUAACGAACGCAGUAUAAAACCUACAUAUAGUGAUCGAUUAUAAACGAACGCAGUAUAAAACCUACAUAUAGUGAUCGAUUAUAAACAAACGCAGUAUAAAACCUACAUAUAGUGAUCGAUUAUAAACAAACGCAGUAUAAAACCUACAUAUAGUGAUCGAUUAUAAACAAACGCAGUAUAAAACCUACAUAAAGUGAUCGAUUAUAAACAAACGCAGUAUAAAACCUACAUAUAGUGAUCGAUUAUAAACGAACACAGUAUAAAACCUACAAAUAGUAACUGAUUAUAAAUAACGGAUUUUAAAACCUUCAUAUAGUGACUGAUUAUAAACGAACACAGUAUACAACAUACAUAUAGUGACUGAUUAUAAACGAACACAGUAUAAAACCUACAAAUAGGAACUGAUUAUAAAUGAACACGGAUUGUCAAACCUACAUGUAGUGACCGAUUAUUAACGAACACAGUAUAAAACCUACAUGUAGUGACCGAUUAUAAACAAACACAGUUUAAAACCUACAUGUAGUGACCGAUUAUAAAUGAACACGAAUUAUAAAACUUUCAUGUAGUGUAGGUUUAUGUAAUAUACAAUUAUAUGUGUAGGUGACUUGAGAAAUAUGUUUUUACUUGUUUUAUUCCCAACAUAAUAUAUGCUAUUUUCUUUUAUGUAAAUACAAAUAGUUAUGCUCAUAAUACAUGAGUGAUUGUUAUGUAUUUCUGCGGAUAGUCCGUAACAGUGAUCAGUUUUAAAAGACACAAAAUAUUUUAUAAUGAUGUUGCUGUAAUUAGAUUCGAAAUGUUGAAGAAGUAAACCAUAUGUUAUCUUUAGCAAAAAAGGUAAUCAUAUCACAAAGAGCUACUAAUUAUAUUUGACGAAUUAGGACGUAAAUAACAUUUCAAUGGUCCUUAUAUAGUAGCAUUUAGCUUUUAAUUUGUGUAAAUGAAUAUUAAGCAUGUUGACUUCUGUGCCACUGUUUGUAGGGCCAUAGAACCACUGUCAUACUUAAAUGUGCUUUUGUACAUUAUAUGUCCAUAUUUAUUUAUCGUCUUUAUAUUUCUUAUUUUCAAUCUGUUUUGCUUUAAAUGGAAGCUGUUCACAUUUCAUAAAAUGUUAUAGUUUUAAUCACAAUGAAUUAAAACCUAUACGUAAAUGUUGACAUUUUACGUGUUAUAUUUUACCAUACUUUUAGAAAAUAUUCAUACAAUACCAUCCUUUUACACAUAUCAAGUUUUAUUUGUUUUUAUAUAUAUUGUGGAUAUAAAAUGUAUUUUAUGAAUAAAGAUUAAACGAU